AUGGAAGAGGGCUCAAGUUCAUCACCAUCACCAUCAACACACAUAGACCAUUCAUCCAUCCAAAUAAUCAACGAGGACGAAGAAGAAGACCUUACAACCUCAAUCAAAUCCAAAAUGGACAGUAGCAUCGCCGACUCCUACAGCAUCUGCAGAGUCUCCGACCACCUCCUCAAAGCCAACCACCACCGCCGCAUCUACCGCCCCUCCCUCCUCUCCAUCGGCCCCCUCCACCGCGCCCCCCCGCUGCCCGCCGACCCCCUCAAGUACCGCUACCUCAACGCAUUGCUUGCCCGAACCCCGACCGCCGCCCCCGCCGUCCUCCGCCGCUGCAUCGCCGCCUUACGACAACUCGAGCCGAAGGCUCGAAACUUCUACCGCCAAAAAAUCCCGAUGGAGUCCAAUCAAUUCGUCGAAAUGCUCCUCGUCGACGCUUGCUUCGUCAUUGAGCUUUUCAUCGAAACCGAACACCCCGCAUUCCGCCGCCGCGAUGACCCCCUCGUCGACAAGUCGCCGCAAUUAAUCUCCGACCUUAUCCUCCUCGAAAACCAGCUCCCGUUCUUCGUCGUCGACCACAUCUUCCGUUUAGUACACAUCCCGAUCGAAUGCGCGAAACCGUUACCCGAACUCGCAUCGAAUUUCCUCCGUCGAAUCCUCCCCGGCCGACGCGGACGCAAAAAAUUUUCCCCCGAAAUCCAUCACUUACUCGACCUAAUCCGGCUACAUUACCUCCCGAAAAAUCGCCGACUCCACUCGACAACAAUGACGACAAACGCCGCGACGAUGCACCGCGCCGUGCAACUCCACGCCUACGGAAUAAAGCUUGAGAACGCUCACGACGCCGAGACUCCGCUCGACGUGACAUUCGUCGACGGAGCGCUGCGGGUCCCGACGCUAAAAAUCGACGAUCACACCGAGGUCGUGCUCGGGAACCUCAUCGCGAUGGAGCAUUGCCACGCGGAGUGUCCAAAGAUCGUGACCUCGUACGCGGUACUAAUGGAGCAGCUGGUGAAGUUCAAAAACGACGUCGAGGUGCUUCGCGACGAGGGCAUUCUCGUCGGCAGCGGGUACGGCCGGGAAGCGGAGACGGUGAUCAUGUUGAAGAGGCUGCAAACGGGAGUGAAUGUGAAGGAGUUUUAUUACAGGGGAGUUUGUGAAGAAGUGAAUCGGUACAAGGCGAGUGAAGGGAGGGCGCAAUGGGAGACUUUGAGACAUAUUUAUCAUAGGACUCGUUUGGGGAUCGCAGGUUUCACGUUGGCGUUGGUCGUCUUGGUUUUCCUCUUCACGGGAGUUCUUUUCUCGGUGCUUACUUAUUUAUUACAUCAUUUUCAGUGAGUGAGAAUUAGUUGUGUGUGU